CGACCUUUUCUUUCCCAUGAAUAACUGUAUACAGAAAACUAUGUGCCAAUUAGAUUAUUAAUCAUUUUCUAUAGUUAAAAACAAACUAAGUCUAUAGUAUAUAUGUAAGGGGCUCAGGACCGUAUUAAGGAACCUAAUCGCAUCGUCUUUUGAAUUUUGACUGUUCAAAGAAUAAAGACAGGGUCAAAGAUAUGAAUGGAUUUUGUAAAUGAUUAAGUAAUAAUGUCAGGGUUGGUAUCCACGAUCGCUUCACCCAAAAUAUUUGUCCAAUUCCUUGGACAUCAAGAUUUAUCUUUAUGGUUUUUAUAUAAUAUGAUGUUAAGAGUAUACUAUUAGUAUUAUUAUAAAAAGAAUUAUCGAAAGCACCAAAGUUCAGUUAAUUGCCAAGCACUAACCGAUGUUCUAACACCAUCUAGCGUUUAAGCCGCUUAGACGAUUUGCCUAGGAUUCGAAGUGCCAAUUAGUUUUAAACUUUUCCCAUUCUAUCUUUAAACAAAAACAAAAUAAGAGCGUCUAAGUUAGCUAGACAUAUGCUAAAGUACCCAAAAAUGGCUGAGUUUUUGUUUGCCAACUUUUUUAUUUUAUUUUAUGCAUUUGGUUAAAGUUAAGGAAGGAUUUAAAAACACCAUAGGAAACAAGAAUCUAUAGAGAAGAAUUUGUAGUUCUUAGAAACUACGGGAAAUUUGAUGAGUUUGUUUAUGAGUAUUUAAUUUAUUAAAAGGUUUGAACAAAAAAUUAAUUAUUAAAAGGUAAUUUGACUUUUAUUUGUGACCAAGCGAAGCAAAGUGGAAGUGAACAGAGAAAUAAAGAUACCAAGCAAAAAACUACAAAAUCUCUAGUUAAGUAGUUGCAGAUAGAUCCGACACAAAUUAAACUAACCCAUUUGUGUUUUGGUAAUAACUUGAUCCACCUUUUGUGGCGGCUGGUGUUUCCUCGAAAGUUCCAUUUUUUCCCCUGUAAAAUGUGUUAAACGAAAAAAAAACAUAACCCCUCAAAUAUAAAGACAAAGAGCUCUCUCAAGUCAAGCUCCCAACUGUGUUCACAAGAACUUUCGCACCGCUUUCUUCUCUUCGUUGAAAAGUAUUUUCCUCUUUAUCCUCCGUGUCCAUGGACGCUCUCCUUCAAGUCUCUGUAGAUGGUUUCAGAUUCGACGGAUCUGGAUCCGGAUCUUGCUGCAAACCAAGAAACAACCUCGAGACUCAGAACCAGUCUUCACCACCGUCGAUAUGUCAAGACAACGCUCCCGUUCUCAAGUACAUCAACGACAUGCUGAUGGACGAAGAAGACUUCGUGGAGGACAAUUUAGCCUUAGAAGCCGCCGAGAGAUCCUUCCACGAGCUACUCCACCAACCACCAUCUUCCGAGUCUUCUGACCAGAACUCAACUUCCUCCGGCGACCACGACUGCAGCUUCCCCAGCACAACAACAACAACAACAGAUUCAGCAGGGUCGCUGGUUUCCAACGGAGAGUCUCAGAGAAAGUACCGUCAUAGAGACAACGAAGAAGAUGAUCUUGAAAACGGGAGGAGAAACAAACAGCCAGCGAUCUUUGUAUCAGAGAUGGAAGAGCUAGCAGCGAAGUUCGAGCACGUGUUGUUGGUAUGCAAAUCAAAUCAAGAAGAAGACUCUUCAUCAACAACAACAACAACAAAGAAACAGAAUCCUCCUCCUCCACCAAACAAAGCAACAGGACGAGCAAAAGGCUCCAAGGCCAUUAAAGCCAACGCAGUUGAUCUCCGUAGUCUCUUGACUCAAUGCGCACAAGCCGUAGCGAGCUUUGACCAUCGUCGCGCUACGGAGAAGCUCAAGGAGAUAAGAUCAAACUCUUCUCCCAGCGGAGAUGGGAUACAAAGACUAGCGUUCUACUUCGCAGAAGCUCUGGAAGCGCGCAUCACAGGCAUCAUCUCGCCGCCGCUUUGCACCGCGUUUCCCUCCAGCACGACGUCUAUGGUCGACAUCUUGAAGGCUUACAAGCUCUUCGUCCACGUUUGUCCCAUCUACGUAGCUGACUACUUCGCUGCAAACAAGUCAAUCUACGAGCUCGCGUUGUCAUCAACAAAGCUACACAUCAUCGACUUUGGAGUUCUCUACGGGUUCCAAUGGCCUUGUCUGUUACUAGCACUGUCUAAAAGACCAGGAGGACCUCCAAAGCUACGCGUGACUGGAAUCGAGCUGCCGCAGUCUGGCUUCCGACCUUCGGAUAGAGUAGAAGAGACUGGUCGGAGGUUGAAAAGGUUCUGCGAUAUGUUUAAUGUUCCGUUUGAGUUCAACUUCAUAGCCAAGAAAUGGGAAAGCAUCACUCUCGACGAGAUAACCAUCACUCCAGGAGAGACAACGGUCGUUAACUGCAUUCACCGGUUACAGUACACUCCUGAUGAGACUGUCUCACUGGACUCACCGAGAGACACGGUCCUGAAGCUCUUCAGAGACAUCAACCCCGACCUCUUCGUGUUCGCUGAGAUCAACGGGACGUACAACUCUCCUUUCUUCAUGACGAGGUUCAAAGAAGCGCUCUUCCACUUCUCCUCCCUCUUCGACAUGUUCGACACCACCAUACAGGCCGAGGACGAGUACAAGAACAGGGCUCUCCUGGAGAGGGAGCUGCUUGUGAGAGACGCAAUGAGCGUGAUCUCCAGCGAGGGAGCUGAGAGGUUCGCGAGGCCUGAGACGUACAAGCAGUGGCGCGUUAGGAUACUGAGAGCGGGGUUUAGGCCUGCGAUGAUAAGCAAGGAGAUCUUGAAGGGAGCUAAGGAGAUUGUGAGGAAACGUUACCAUAAAGACUUUUUGAUUGAUGGUGAUGGGAACUGGAUGCUUCAGGGGUGGAAAGGGAGAGUCAUCUAUGCUUUUUCUUGCUGGAAACCUGCGGAGAAGUUGACAAGAGACGAUCAUAUAAUCAUUUGAAAAGUUGUUCACUUAUGCUCUAUUGCUUCAUUAUUUUGUUUGCCACAAUGGUUUUGUAGAAUCUGUUUGUUUCCCAUGAAUGGAAUGCAUCUCGUCUUUCCUGCAAAGUUGAUGUAUAUAUAACAAUCGUUUCAUCAUA